CGAGUAUCUCUACAUCAUAAUCGGCUCGGACAAACAAUACACGUGAAAACCACCGGAAGAGAAGGCAGACAUUUGUUGACGUUCCAUCUUUAGAAGAUCCGAAUGUUUACACCGCUCUUUCGGAAUGCCCGCGUGACGUCAUACGAGGCAGACGUACCAGUUGGAGUUUCGAAACAAACACCUGUUAACCUUCACAUGGACAUCUGGCGCGCGUUAACGUUUCGCGCAAAGAAGAGGAGCGAGCGUUUUCAGUUCACGCUCCGCACGCCCACUGCGCGGACACACUGAAGCCGUGUAAUCUCCGGCAGCGAAACUAAAGCCGUUUAGGGAUCCAUUAAGUGAUAAGCCCGACUGCUCUCUGUCACCGUCAGGGAACAUGGACGGUGAAGAAUUCGAUGCAUUUGUAUGGCUGCUCCGCUCUCUUGGCAACUAGAAACCGCCAGCAUCAGCACCAACGCGUUGCUGUUGGUAUUAUUAAUAAAGCGGACUGACCAUCUUGCACUUUGUUUUCUGGAUUUCUAGGAAGAGUGGUAUCCAUAGCUACCCAAACAUGGGCAAAGAUGAAUGCAAAACGAUGUUGGACGCGCUUAACAAAGUGACGGCUUGCUACAGGCAUCUGGUCAGCGCUUUGGGGAGCACGUCGGAUUCUCAAAAUCUGCGCGAGGAGCUGAAAAAGACCCGCAAAAAGGCGCAGGAGCUGGCCGUGGCCAACAGGACCAAACUGACGGCUCUGCUGAAAGACACAAACACCAGCAAAGAUGACCGCGCGGAAUACGAGCGCCUGUGGGUGCUCUUCAGCAGCAGCAUGGAGCUGCUGGAGGUGGACAUGAAACGAUCGCUGGAGAUCGGGCAGGAUUUCCCGCUGAAAGUGCCGACGAGACACCUCAUCCAGACCGGGAUGACCGGCAGCACCACGACCGUGGCGGCCAGAGCCAUGAGCGUCCAAAACAUGAAGUACGAGGGGGAUGCGAACAUCGACACCACCGACCUCAAAGAGCUGGAGAAUGAGAUCGAGAAGGUGGACCAGAUGAUGGAGGAGAUGGAGAUGAAGGUCCAGGUGGCCCCGUGGGCCGUGGAGGCGAAACAGGAGGCGGGCGCCGAGUUGAAAUCCACAGUCAGUGUCGCAAACUCAUCAGUCGGGGUUAUUUCCAUUUGCGAGGAGGAACCUAAAGAAACGAUCGAGGGAGAAACUGAUUUGAUGAAAGUAUUCGCGGGGAUCAUUUUCACCGCGGUUUUACUCAUUGCUGGAAUUCUGGGAUAUUUGGUGAUCAAUCUUUGAGUGACAGUUACUCUCUAUAAUGGCCGAAGAUUUUGAUACAUAUAUUAUUUGGCCUGUCAGGAUGACAGUGGCUCAGGGCUUUAGAUUUUCCGUCUGAAUGUACAUGUAAGGCAACGACAUGUUGCGACAGUAGACAUGUAUACAACUUAAAAAUGCUCUUGGUGUUGAGUAUUAUCAUCUAUUUAAAGAGAAAUGAAGAAUACUGUUGCUUCUACUAAGUUAAAGGUUUAACAACCGAUCAGGAGUUCUUUUAUUGGGAAACGAAAUUCACUACAUCACGAAAAUGUAGGUUUAGCACACACAUUCAAUAAUUGUCAUGCAAAAUAUUUUACACACUUGAGCAUGUAAGUAGGGCUUUCAUCACUGAUGAAGAGAAGGUAAAGUUUACGACUGCGAUCACAGAUAAUUCAACAGGUAGGCCUGUCUGAUUUUGUUCAGUUUGUAUAGGUGGCAUAUCUUUGUAUUUUUGAGGAUUUUGGAACUCCUCUCUCAGCAAACUGCGUGGCCCAUCACUGUUUUGUUCACUGAAGUAAUGAA